AUGGCGUUCCUCCGUCAGACAUGGACUCUCACGAAGAAGAACUUAGUGGUGGUCUUUAACCGCCAUUGGUUUUUUACCAGCAUUCGAGCAUUCUGGGCGCCGAUCAUCUUCAUGUUCUUCAUUACAUACGCAAAGAACUUCUUCGUUCCUCCCUCAGAAUUCGGAAUCGGACGACCUCUGCCAAUUCUGGCUCUCAAAGACGCCCUCGACUCUGCGAAAGGGGGGCGUGACACAGUUGUGUUUGUCAACAACGGCUUCACUGGCGGAGAUAUCGAGAAUGUAAUUAACAAGGUCUCCGACACGGUGCGCGAAGUCGGAAAGAACGUACGGGUGGUGCAAGAUGAGGUGGAGCUGCUCACGAUAUGCAGAAGCACGCUGCGAGGCGCAAGUACAUGCUUCGGGGCAGCCAUGUUCCAUUCUUCGCCGACAGAGGGAGAUAGACAUAUCUGGAACUACACUUUGCGAGCAGACGGCGCCUUGGGAGAUCGGGUGUUUGUGAACCAGGACGACAACGACGUCGAGAUAUAUAUUUUGCCUUUGCAGCGUGCAAUUGACACCGCCAUCGCUUCCUCCGAAGGCUCAGAUUCACCCCGCGACAUCGAUGCAUAUAUCUUUACCGAUAAGACUCAGAAAGAGCGCGAUGAACGGAUCCGGACGCUGUAUAUGGGCGCCCUUAUUGACAUCAUGGGGGUUGCGCUGUACGUGGGCAUCUGUGGCGUCACUUACCAACUCACUGGACAGAUGGCUUCAGAGCGUGAAGACGGCGUGUCACAGUUGAUUGAGGCAAUGGCACCAUCAAAACGGUCUUGGUACAUGCAAGCUGCGCGACUUCUCUCAAACCAUAUCGCUUUCGAUGUCAUCUAUCUUCCAGGCUGGAUCAUCAUGGCAAUUACACUCAAUCGUCUGGCGUUUCCAACGUCGAGUGCAGCCAUUCUGAUCAUCUACCACAUCCUGAUCGGCUUUGCUCUCACAAGCUUUUCGAUAUUUGGCGCAAGCUUCUUCCGCAAAGCUCAGCUGUCCGGUAUUACCAUUACUAUCCUCGGUAUUGUCCUCGCCAUCGUUGCUCAAGUUGCUGGACCGUUCAACACGGGCGCUACUGCCAUUCUCAGCCUUCUAUUUCCGUCGAUGAAUUAUGUCUUCUUCGUCAUAUACCUGGCCCGCUUCGAACGGGAGCUUAAACCAACUACCCUGAUAAAAGCUGCGCCGCCAUACGAAGGCCACACCUCCACGCUUCCGGGAAUUGCAUUUUGGGUAUUUUGUCUUGUCCAGACUCUUGCCUUUCCGGUUUUGGGUGCCAUGGUGGAGCGGUGGCUCUAUGGGACUGUAUCAAAGGAGCGGAAGACCUCGACAUCGUCCCCGGAUCACAGCAUUAUCCUCACAAACUUCUCCAAGCAUUGGAGACCCACCUGGUUCAGGAGGGAGGUUCUCGCUAAGUUUGGCAUUCACCCUCCCGAAACCGUCGUUGCGGUCAACGAUUUGAGUCUCAAGGCGCGAAAGGGCCAGGUUAUGGUUUUGCUGGGCGCCAAUGGAAGUGGAAAGUCCACAACUCUGGACGCUAUUGCUGGUCUCAAUACGCUCACAAGUGGAUCGAUUGAGAUCGACGGCACUGGUGGUCUGGGCCUGUGUCCGCAAAAGAACGUCAUGUGGGAUGAUCUUACGGUCUUUGAGCAUGUCCAGAUAUUCAACCGCUUGAAGUGCGCGGGCAAGGGUGAUGACAAAGAGACCAUCAAGAGUCUUAUUCGAGCAUGUGAUCUGGGCCAUAAGAUGAAUGCGCAACCCAAGACGCUGUCUGGAGGUCAGAAACGCAAACUCCAACUGGCAAUGAUGUUCACAGGAGGCAGCCGCGUAUGCUGUGUCGACGAAGUAUCAUCUGGACUGGACCCUCUGUCUCGAAGAAAGAUAUGGGAGAUUUUGCUCGCGGAGCGUGGCGACAGGACAUUCCUCCUGACAACGCAUUUCCUCGAUGAAGCGGACGUCCUUGCCGAUUAUAUCGCCAUCCUUUCUCGCGGAAACCUGAAGACUAAGGGAACAUCUGUGCAGCUGAAGCACGAGGUCGGCGCCGGCUAUCAUGUCACUGUUCCGAACAACGUUGGGGUUUCGCCAAAGGAAGCGGUUCGAAAACCCUCUGCUAAAGGCACGAUCAUGUAUUGGUUCCCCACCGGCAUUGAAGCGACCGAUUAUAUCCGUAGGCUCCGCGAAAAAGGUAUUAACGACUAUGAUCUCAUUGGACCCACUCUCGAAGAUGUUUUCCUGGCUUUGGCCGAAGAGGUCAAGGAGAAUCGCCUGAACACUGGGGUUGUUUCCACCAAAGAUCACUCCUUGAUCAAGGAGGCAGAUGGCGUCCCUCUGGCUGAGGAAUCUUCCGAUUCGGAUAAAGGGGCCAACAUGUCAAAGGGUACGGGGACAUCCAUGCCCACGCAGACGUGGAUUCUGAUGCAAAAGCGCUUUACCAUCCUUCGUCGCAAUUUCCUGCCCUAUAUUUGCGCUGUUCUUCUACCCGUUAUAACAGCGGGGCUCGUCACCCUUUUCCUCAAAGAUUUUGAAGCUAUCGGCUGCGAUCCCGCAGCACAGGCUGAUGAUCCAAGGGUCUUCACGCUUGCAAGCCUUCCCGGCGACCUAGUACCACUCGUGCCCGUCGGACCUUCCAAUCUUGUGGACGUCGAGACGAUCGCCAGACGGGCUGGGGUAGACGUGUCUGCCUUUGAGGUUUUCAACGGGUUGGAUGACUUCAACCGCUUCGUUCAAGACCGCUUCAGAAACAUCACUCCAGGUGGCUUCUUUGUACAAGCCGAUGGCCCCGCCGUCAUGCCCUACCUUGGGAAUGUCGGUGUCUAUGGCGGUCUGAUUACUCUCAAUGCUCUUGACAACAUCUUGACUGGCGUUCCAAUUGCCACUCAAUACCAAGAAUUCGCCAGACCAUUUGCUCCCAACACCGGAGACAGUUUGCAGCUCGUCCUUUACCUUGGUUUGGCAAUGUGUGUAUAUCCGGCUUUUUUCGCUUUGUAUCCUACCAUCGAACGUCUGCGCAAGGUUCGAGCUUUGCAUUAUAGCAACGGCAUCCGCGCAGCGCCACUUUGGCUUGCAUACCUAGCCUUUGAUUUCACCUUCGUUGUGCUCAUCAGCGCUAUUGUUACGGCGAUUCUUGCCGGGGCAUCCAGCGCGUGGUAUGCCCCAGGCUAUCUCUUUCUUGUAUUCUUUCUCUACGGGCUUACGUCGAUCCUCUUCAGUUAUCUCGUUUCAAUUGUCGUCACGUCGCAACUCGCAACCUUCGCGUUCGCUGCUGGAGGACAAGCCUCCCUUUUCCUCCUAUAUUUCAUCGGUUAUAUGUCGAUCUUGACGUACGCACCAGCAUACCAGAUCGACCGGUACCUAGAAAUCUUCCAUUUCGCAUUUGCCACUAUCACUCCUUCCGGCAAUCUGCUACGCACAUUCCUCCUUUCGUUGAACACAUUUUCAAUCCUUUGCAAUGGAAACAGGGUGGCUCUUACCCGGGCGCCCUUAAACGGCUACAAGCCCCCGAUCUUCGCCGGAAACAAGGUCAAAACCCAGCAUACCGAGGAAGAAAUCGAGGCUAUAGAUCCCGCCGUCGUCGCUGAGAUCAAGCGUACGGAAGCGUGCAACGACAGUCUACGCGUGCUGCAUCUUCACAAGACAUUCGGAGCCAACCACGCUGUGAACAACAUCACAUUCGGCGUCCCACGUGGCCAGGUCUUUGCAUUAUUGGGCCCCAACGGCGCUGGGAAAUCAACCACGAUAAGCUUGAUUAGAGGAGAUGUCCAUCCUAACCGCAAUGGGGGUGACGUCCUCAUCGAAGAUAUCAGCAUCGUAGCAAAGCGCGCUCAGGCUCGUGGCCACCUUGGUGUCUGCCCGCAGUUCGACGCCAUGGACUCUAUGACUGUGCGUGAGCAUCUGAUAUUCUACGCGCGUGCGCGAGGUGUAUCGGACUUGACUUCUAAUAUUGAGGCUGUCCUCUCAGCUACCGGCCUGACCCGCUUCGCCGACAGGAUUGCGCACAAACUUUCCGGCGGCAACAAGAGGAAACUCAGCUUGGGCAUUGCUCUGAUGGGCAAUCCUGAGGUGCUGCUUCUCGACGAGCCGAGCUCUGGGAUGGAUGCUGCGGCGAAGAGAGUAAUGUGGCGUACGCUCCUGGGCGUUGCAGCUCCCGGACGCGCUUUGUUGAUAACAACACACUCUAUGGAAGAAGCCGACAAACUGGCCACACGAGUCGGCAUCAUGAAGAGGAAGAUGUUGGCUCUGGGUUCAUCUGCCCCUGAGACCACGGAGGAGGAGAUGGAGGGUGUCAAGGACUGGGUGAACCGCAACGUCUCCGGCGCGCAGCUCGACAAAUGGGGUUCAAGAGGCGGAGGCCACGGCCAGUUACGGUUCCGUGUUUUGAAAGCUGCAGUACAUCCAAACAAGGAGGAACAUAUCUCAGAGGCUGAUAUUAAGAGGACGCCUACGCAGUCGUCCCUUACCCAGAAUCGCAGUAUGGAUAUUGGCGGCAUUCCAGGCCUGAUACAAUUGCUGGAGACCCAUAGAGAGCAGCUAGGUUUGGAGUAUUAUUCUGUCAGUCCGACGACGUUGGAUGAGGUGUUCUUGCGGGUAGUGGGUGACGAUGAAGAGGACGGAACGGGGAAGGCGAAGAAAAGGGGACUGGCGAAACUGAAGUGUUGGUGA